AUGCGCCCCGCCUCUUCGCGCUUGUUUGCGGCGGCUGCAGCUGCAAAUUCGCUGCGAAGCGUUCACACACUCCCUCCCUUACCAUAUGAAUACGAUGCACUCGAACCGCACAUCUCGAAGGAGAUUAUGACAUUGCAUCACACCAAGCACCACCAGACCUAUGUAAAUGGUCUCAAUGCAGCAGAAGAGGCAUACGCCAAGUCCAAGUCGACGCAGGAGAAGAUUGCCCUUCAGGCAGCUCUCAAGUUCAACGGCGGUGGGCAUAUCAACCAUUCACUCUUCUGGACGAAUCUUGCUCCGGCAUCGGGAGAUGGUGGAAAACUGAGUGACGGUCCGCUAAAGCAAGCUCUCGAACGUGACUUCGGCUCUGUCGAGAACUUCAAAAAAGAAAUGAAUGCUAAGACUGCAGCUAUUCAAGGGAGUGGAUGGGGUUGGUUGGGCUACAACAAAGCAACCAAUAAGUUGGAGAUAGUAACAACACCAAACCAGGACCCUCUUCUCUCACAUCUUCCGAUUAUUGGCAUCGACAUCUGGGAGCAUGCUUUCUAUCUUCAGUACAAGAAUGUGAAACCUGACUACCUCAACGCAAUCUGGAACGUCAUAAACUUCAAGGAAGCAGAGAAGCGGUUCAUUGACGGCUCGAAGUGA